CCGUAAUAUAACGUGCAGGUUAAAAUGGAUGUAGUUAAUGACUCGGGGAUCAAUUUUAUCAUUUAUUUACAAAAUUCUUGCGCCGAUUGGCAAAAAGAGAUGCUCUUCCUUUCAAAAGUUGGUGAUCCUAGAAACUCCUUUCUGAUCUAUUUUCCAGUGGCUUUUCACUUGAACCACAAGCUAGGAGUGAGUGUGUUAUGGACGGCUGUUCUGUCUGAAUGGCUCAACUUAAUUUUGAAAUGGUAAGAAGGAAAUGGCUCGUGUGCUAUUAUCUUGUGGUGUUAAGCAAUCAUCUCAUUAUUAUGAUGAUAAUAAUUUAUCUCAUUAUUAAAUGCAAGGGCGUGGUUGUAUAAAUAUGGGGACAGAAAGUUAUACCCUUGGCUGAAAUUAACUCCCUUAAGUCCCAUGAGAAAUUUCAGUUUUCCUGCUACUGCUGCUUAAGUGUCCUGGUGCUGGUGUCCAGGUUCCCACCUCUAAUGAGAAUCCUGCCAGAUGACAACAGUCCAUUUCCAAUUCAGGACUGCCUUCAUUCUGACAAUCACAUUAAGUGAUUAGGAUGUCACAAGUUAUCUUAUUCUACAUGCACCAUCAUAAAUUGUUUGCUAAGAUGAAUCACUGUGUCUGUUAGGAUUCUGAGAGGUGACAGGCCAUACUGGUGGGUACAUGAGUCAGAACAAUGGAAGAAUGUGACACUUCAGCAGUUUGAAUUGACUUGUGAAACAGGACCAGGCAAGUAAAGGAAUUAGACCAUAUACCACCUCUUUACCUAAAAGUACAAAGAUGCUUUUGAAAUAUCAGCUCACUAACCUUCUUUAAAAUUUCACAUCGUGUUAUUGGUUGGUCAAGUUUAUUUUGGGACUGAUCCACAAACUUGCAAUAUAUGGUUUUUCUAACUCUCAAGAAUUCUCCAACAUCCCCAAGUUUUUCAAUCUAAACAUACCUAUCAGCCAGGCAGUUUGUUAACUGGUAUAUAAACUAGAGUAACAUCAACAAGUCAUGUAUCUUUUGCACGGUAGAUAAUUUUGUUGUUACUCUCUCUCAUUUCAACAGGGUCACCAUCUGGUCAUGCUAUGGUCACCUCAGCUGUGCUAUGCAUAUUAACAUUGCAUGUGAUGAGCUCACUCAAGGAAACAAUCUUACUUCAAACACAUCUGUUGUUGAGAUAUUUUACAACCGUGACAGUUUGGAGUUUGUUUUUAACUGUUGUCUCUCUUGUGUCAGUCUCAAGAAUAUUCCUAGCAACACAUUUUCCUCAUCAAGUGGUACAGGGCACAGUAAUUGGUGUGAUACUAGCAUUUUUUGUAAGAAAGAACAUUUCUAAAUUACUAAAAGUUGCCUAUUCUUUUUCUUAUUGUGCAGCUUUUUCCUUAGCCUUGGUGGCAAUAACCUUAGUGUCACAUGUUAUCCUUUCAUUCCUUGUAUAUGAUCCUUCAAUUUCGGUAAUGAAAGCCAAGAAGUGGUGCAUAAAGGCAUCGUACAUCCAUCUGGAUACUACACCAUUUUAUGCACUAGUUCGUGACUCUGGAGCAACUUUAGGAUUAGGAAUUGCUUUCACUGUGAUAAGAUUGAUUCUUAAAACAAGGGAAAAUAACUGGAGAGGAUUUCAAACAACAUUACUGACAGGAAGUCUAAAAAUUCCAUUGUCAUUUUUUGUAUUACAGUUAUUGGAAGUGAUAUCUUUACCUAAAUCACACCCUACGCUGUUUUAUUCUGCCGGGUUCAUCCGUUACUCUCUUAUUUCAGUUGUUGUAAUUUUAAUUGUUCCAAGCAUAGUAUUACUGUGAGUGUUUUAAAAAAGUGAAUUUUGAAGAGUUGUUUGUGUAUUUGAUUGAUGCAUAUAUUUAUAAUUAUAAUCAUAUUGAUAUUACAUGACUUAGAUCAUAAGGAUGGGUUUAACUAUUAUUAUCUUUUACGCAUGUCCAGAUUAGCCUCCUUCAGUUCCUGGUGUUACAUGUACUUUCGAGUGACAAUUUGGUUUUGAACCUAUUGUCGAUGGCAGUAAAACUAAUUUACGUGAAUGUUAAGAAUAGAAAUAUAUAAAUCAUGCCAUGGAUGAAAGUAGCCUUUGCAAAGAAAGUGUUCCUUUUUAAUUUUUUUUUUAAUGCAAAAGAGGCAAUGCAUGGAAAUGGAAAUAAUUUAUGAUACAUUUAAUGAAUGAAGAGAUGAAGAAAUAAAUGGAUAAAAUCAGAAUGCUUUAUAUUUUAAUAAGUACUGCGUGACAUCCAGGUGUCACGCGUGACCGAUAAGCGUGAUAAUUAUGUUCGGGCGCGGGAAGAUUGGAAAGGAGCGUGCUUGAUCCCAGUUUCUUCAUUUCACGGCUCGCCUCGGCAGGUAAGGCGAGGGUCCACGCAACAUGAACGUGAGUAGCAUUGAAAUUUGAGGGUAAUUCAAACAUAAACCACUAGAAUGUCUGCUAGGGAAGUUCACGGCAAUCUUUACUACAACAGGUGUACACGGAUGGCGACGAACAAAAGAAACUCUGGGAUGAACUUAGCAAAGGAGUAGAAAGCUCACGAUUAGUUGUUGUGCAUUUGACGAAAGGAGACGAAGGUACGUAAGAAUAUUUAUCGCGGACUCAGCUAUUUUGACCUUCGGACCUUAUUACCUUGGCGUAAUUGUCUUUCCGAACGCUCUCUACUUUGACGAAAUACUGAUACGUGGGAAUGAAAAUUUUCUUUUUUCGCAAAUUCGAGGUCGACGUGAAGGUAUUAUUAACAAGUGUGCGCUAGCUUGACACCUCACUGCACGGAAUGUAUGGAGCCUCCAUAAAUAGAUUUGAGCUCAUACAACCUUUAAAUACGAUUAAUUUAAAUACUUGCUAAUGGCGUUAGAGUUUUAGUUAAAGAUCUGUCCGGUUUUCAGUUUGAAAGCAUAUUAAUACCUACCGCAACAAAGUUGUUAUUGUUCGUGAAAACUCAUUCAAAACAGAACUCAAAGAUGGUCACAGCAUCAUAAAUGGUGCGUGCAUUGUCUACACAGUAUGUCUUACGUUUCAAUAUCGCAGCUUCUCGUUUAUCUACUCAAAAAAGCUUUGUACAGCGAACUCCGUUUAAAGUGAUGUUACUUCACAUGUUCACAUAAGAUCGUCUAGAACAUACUAAUUCUUUCAUUUGUUUGGUAUGUUACACAUUUACUAAAUGUCCAUUCUAGGAAUUUCCUUUUGAAGCCAGUAUCACAUAAAAUCGAUUUAGGUUGAAAAAUAUUAAGUAGAUCACCUGAUGAAGUAUAUUGUUGAAUUUAAAACUAGAUGGACUCCUGUGUGAGGGAAUCCCCUUUUGUUCAAAAUCCAUCCACUAGCAGUAGAGUAGAUUUGAACAAUUUUAAAAUCAGUAUUUAUAACCUCAAGGUUUUAAAUUAGACAUCCAAUCAUUAUUUGAGUUGCUAUUAGUGGAAAAUUAAAAGACCCUUAGUUUUAUUGGAACAUCAUGAAAUAAUAGAUGAAUUGAAAGCAGGGAGGCUGUGAGCUCAUAAAUACUGGUUGCAACUUUGAUCAUCAGGCCUAAAAUUUGUUUUAUCUCCUUCAGGGUUUGGUUUUAACAUUCGAGGCGGAGUUGAUCACCCUCAUGUCGGGUGUGACCCAGGAAUAUUCAUCACCACUGUCAGAGCUGACAGUGUGGCUGGGAGAGAUGGGAGACUAGAACCAGGGGACAGGAUAUUGGCAGUAUGUAGUUCAAGCAGGAUUUUUUAAAUAAAUGAAAAAAAACUUAAUCUUAUAAAUACAAAAAUACACCUAAUAUUCCAACUACUAAGACCCAGUUCAGGGUUGACCACCAAGCUUUGUCUUCUGGCAACCUGUUAUGGGUUCUUUUAUAAAAGCUUUAAUAAGGAAAGAAUCCGAUAACACUUUAACCUCCUUACCCUUUAAGGAAAUUUAAAGAUAUCAGUGGAGAAUAUCAAUACUAAUAUUGGGGUGUAAAAGAUAAAUCUUCAGCUAAGAUGAGAAUUUACUUUGUGUUGUAAUUGAUUUUGGCACCGCUGAUCCUAGCAGAAUGCAGGAGGUUCCUUGCAUAUCAACCUAGCAAUGGCCUUGCUCAGUGGAAAGUUCUCUCACUGUUACUCAAUGGUAGAGCAUCUGGCUACAAAAUCCAAAGGCUUGGGGUUUGAUUCCUUGUGGGAAACUUUGAUCUUUCACUGAUUUUGAAAAACUUAACUUCGAAGAACAUUACAUAUGGGUUGACAUGGCUCUCAAGACUGAACACAAUAAGGUGAAUUACUUAAAGUUUAUUGUGAUUCUUUGUAUUUUUUCAAUAGCUAAAUGCCACAAAUCUUGAACGUGUGACUCAUGAUGAAGCUGUCAAUGAAUUCCACAAAGCAGAAGAAACUGUUUCCUUACUAGUGGAGAAGAAUGCUGAGGCAUAUUUGUUGGUCAGUUUUGAAUAUUGUGUACUUUUUUGACUUGUUUCUCGAUAUUUGAUUUUAUGAAAUAUAAUCUUUCUCUAUACAAGUUGUGGGAUGGCCAAUGUGGGGUUACAAAUCAGCAGCCUAUUACUGGUUGUAAGUAAGGAUAUGAGGAACUAUUUCCUCUAUACUAAAAGUGUGGUUUAGUUCGUUGAUUUUUUGGCCUAUUUUGCAGUCAAACGAAGUCCCAAGCUCACCAGAAGUAACAGUGACAGAUGGACCAGUAACACUUGAACCAGAUCAGGAAGAACCCCCUAAUGCAGUUAUUAGUACAUUAAAACAUUUCUACAAUUCCAACCUAGGAGCUCUGUCAAUUGGAUUGGCAAUUGGAAGUUUAGCUGUCUAUGUUGCUCUUCGAAUUUAUAAAGUUAACAAGUAGCACUAGAGAUGAUUAGGGAUAGAUACACAAUUCUUCAGCCUUUGUUACCAAAGAUCCUCUAAAUGUGAAUUCUCAUAGCAUGGAACCAGAUCAAAAAACAUGUGGAUGUCAAUGGCAAAAAGUCUUUUUUAUUUUGGAAUGUCUACAAAGCAAUAUUGACAUUGAUAUGUGGAAUUCUGUAGGGAGAAAAUAGCUCAUGGUUGCUUUAAAAAACUUAAUCAUUCCAUGCCCCUGGAGCAGGGUGAAUUUCUACAUCAGUUGAUACUCUGAAGGUCAGUCUCAUAACUGGUAAUCGUCAAAAGCUACACAAACAUUCCAGCAACACAGAGUAUACCUCUCACUGUUAAGUGGUUUGACGACACAGAACAAAGUGAUUGGUUAUUUCUUAUUCUUGCAACAUAAUCGUUCCAUAAACUGUCCCCUCAUGUCCGAGGUUGCGUUUUAACUUUAUGUCAGAUUAAUGUUAUUUUCUUGGCCGGUUGAUCAUCCACAUUAUCAUUUUACAUGAGGGACUAAAUAAUAUUACCCUAGCGCUGACAUUACCGUUUCUUCAAGAACAGCACGGGAGGUUAAAGAUGAUUGGUUUAUGUUGGGCUAUUGUAGGUAGGCCUUUGUUAGCUAGAUACCGUUCAAGUUGUUUAUUAUUCUCGCCUUUUGUUCUCCCCUCCACCUGUCAUUAGAAAUAGCUAAGUGAUAAAUUAACUUCAUUCUUUUGAGAUCGUCACCCAUGGUUAAAAAAAUUGAAGAUGAAUAGCCAUUAGCUUUUACUCUUGAUUCCAAAUUUUUGUAGUUUAUUUUGCAUACACCAACAUGGAAAUAAAAUACAAAAUCCUCUUUCUUCGCCUCGCCUCUGAAAUUCAAUUGAAUCACAGGAACCCC